GUGAAUUUGCAUUAUCAUGUCAAGGCCUGUUGAGAGAAUAGCAGAGAUCAAUGAUGGAAAAGAGCUUUGGAAGAUUGUUGUUAGGAUUCACCACCGAUGGAAAGUUGUCUCCAACAGCAAGGAACAUUUUGAAAUGAUCUUUGUUGACAAAUUGGGAGAUGAUAUUCAUGCUGUUGUUCCAGCACCGCAUGUGUCGGUUUUCACCGAAAAAUGCUUAUUAGGCCAUACUUAUACUGUAUCUAAUUUUAAGGUGGUGCCUUAUGUUCUGGCCUUCAGGGCAUCGGGACACAGAUAUAUGAUAAAGUUUACUGCUGGAACGUCUGUUCUUGAUGAAGACAAACAUGAGAUACCCGCGAAAUCGAUUUUAUUUACAAGUUUUUCAGACAUCAUAACAGGGAGGUUUGACAAACAUGUUCUGAUUCAUGUCAUUGGAAUGGUGGAUAGUAUUGGUUAUGCGCAGACUGAGUCAGGUGCAAAGAAGCAGCAAAUUAGCAUGAUGUUGCGUGAUCACAGCAACAACAUGUUGAACUGUACUCUGUGGGAAUCAUACGCGGAUCAGUUCAUCAAGUUUAACAAAGUUAGGGUUGCUGCAUCACUACCUACAGUUGUGUUGCUUCAGUAUGCCAAAGUGAAGGAAGAAGGAAAGUAUCCUCUGUCUGUGACAAACACCUACAAUGUGAGCCUUUUAUGUGUUGAUGCUGAUUUUCCGAUCAUGAAAGACUUUAUUGAUAGAAUGCCUGAGGAGAGCAAGGUAACCCUGUCUGACCAACUUGGAGGGAAUUCCCAAUAUUCCUCCCAAAGUUCUGAAAAUCAACAGCUCACUCCUGUGCAAAAAUUGUUCUCAAAGGCUGUUGUUUUGCCUAUUGCUGAGAUUAUUCAACUUACGGAUGUUACAUUUUGCGCUACUGUCGCUACAACAAAAUUAUUAGUAGCAUCUCCGUUUGGAUGGUUCUAUCGUGCCUGCCAUAUGUGUCAAUCUAUAGCGCGCGGGGACAGCCCCCCCCCCCCCUUUGAGUGUGAAUCUGGUCAUGAAACCAUGGCUGAAGUCCUUAGGUUUUAG